AUGACACAGCUCUACUUACCACAUAUUACCAAGAUAUUCCAGUGCUUCAACAAGAUCAGCUCAUGGAUAAGGAAUGACUGGUUGAAGAUUUACCCGAGGAAGACGGUGAUGCUGGUGGGCAUGAGAAAGCAUUUAACGCUCACCAAACUGACAAAAGUGCCCCUGGAAUUUUUCUCUGUUCCACCUUUUGCUGUUCUCUUUCAUGGUAGCAAUCAUCUUGUCCAGCAAGGUCUUAGAGCUCUCCCAGAGCCUAUGGUUGGGGGGACACAGAUGUUCCUUCCAGUGUCUGCUCCCACACCUGCCCACUCUUUGGGGACCAACCAGCUGGGAAUGUUCACAAAGAAAGAAUUUGAUCAAUUGGCCCCAGUAAUGGACAGCUUCAGUCUCAUGACGUACGACUAUUCAACACCACAGCGGCCUGGCCCAAACUCCCCACUUCCCUGGGUACGGGCCUGUGUUCAGGUGCUUGAUCCUGAAUCCAAAUGGAGGAGUAAAAUUCUUCUGGGGCUGAAUUUCUAUGGCAUGGACUAUUCAGCACUGGGUGCCUCUGGAGAGCCUAUCCUUGGUAACAGGUACAUUGAAACCUUGAAGGAAAACAAACCGAAAAUUGUUUGGGAUGAACAAAUAGCUGAACACUAUUUGGAAUACAAAAAAAAUAAAGGAGGAAAGCAUGUUGUCUUCUACCCAACAUUAAAGUCCAUCCAGUUGCGCUUAGAACUUGCAAAGGAAUUGGGGACUGGAAUAGCCAUCUGGGAGCUGGGACAAGGCUUGGAUUAUUUUUAUGAUCUGCUUUAAAAUGGCAGACCAAUUGGAGAGACUUCAUUUGCUUCACGGAGACUGCACAUUCAAUUAAGUGAGGUAUUUGUGGGGAGAUGAUUUAAAAAAAUUUUUUUUUGUAAUAUAUAUGAAAUCUCUAUGGAAUUUGCAUUUUUCCCAAUAAAGAACCUGCUCUGAAUUUCUG